CACCUCUUCGAUACUCAUGCCCUGUUUUAUUGAUGUUACUCUGAAGCAGCUUUUCAAGCACGCUUUCUCCCCUACGCUGCACCCUCCCUCGUAUUCAAACUUGUUCAGUUUCCACAGAAUACUGGACUACAAUUCAAAAGUUCCGCACAGUUAAUUGUCGUGAAUACAUAGAAAAAUUGACUAGAACAAACAACGAUAAAUCAACGAAAAUAUUACAUGAUAAAUUUAGCUUAACAUACGGAUACCCAUGGCAAAAAUUUCUUAAGAAUAAAUAUAUUAUAUCUCGUUCGCACAGGGCGACCUGUAGGCAAUAGACGACGAAGUUGCGCACAACCCACCCUGGUCAGAAAUAUAAUAUCAUCCAGUUCUCUCUGAGUUCGGGGAUCUCCUAAGUAUAGUUCGACUAGUUUCGUAAAACAAAGAAUAAAAAGUAAAAAAAAACCACCACAGUGGCCUACAGCUGAUUGUUGACUUUCCUGUUGAGUGAGACCUACCUUUUAUUAAUAUUUUAACAUAAUCUACGUGAAACUGUGCGUGUAAAUUAUACCAAAAUAUACCAAGUCUUCUUCCGGCUACACCUUGUCAUAUACAGCUAUGAACAGAUCCUGUUACUAUUUCACCUAGGUUUUUCGCUGUGUACCCCAAAAUACGGUGAUGGGAGAUUCAGCAUAGGACCAAAAUAUUAUUGACCUGUUAUCGGAUGAUAAUAAUAAUAUGACGAUGAUGAUACUGAAUUUCAAAUAAUAUUAUCAGUUUCGCGGAUGUUGGGUGUUAGAAUAAAGAAUACCCAGUGUGUAGAAUCAAAUUUUAGAUAUUUCGUUAAAUUGAAUAAUAUAUUUGAAAUUGCAAAAGUCUUAUAUUUAUCUACACGUGAAUUUUUCAACCUACCUAAUUAUUUCGUACAAUGGCAAGUGGAAAUCAAGAACACAGGACAUCUUUGCCAGCUACUGGACGCUCGGAGGUGAACCUGUGCUCGGUCCUAACGCUGGGCAAGGAUCUCAGCAAAAUUACAAUGCCUGUCGUUUUUAACGAACCUCUGUCCUUUUUGCAAAGAGUUGCAGAAUAUAUGGAGUAUGCAAAACUACUCAAACAGGCUUCCAUGGAAGAUGACCCUCUUGUUAGGCUGCAGUAUGUUUCAGCCUUUGCUGUUAGUGCUUUAGCAUCAAAUUGGGAACGUUUGGGAAAACCGUUCAAUCCUUUGCUUGGUGAGACGUAUGAAUUGCAACGUGAAGAUUUUAGGAUAAUAUGUGAACAGGUAUCACAUCAUCCACCUGUAUCUGCAUUUCACGCGGACAGCGAGGAUUUUAUUUUCCACGGUAGCAUACAUCCAAAACUGAAAUUCUUCUGCAAGUCUGUUGAAAUUCAUCCCAAGGGUAUGGUCACAGUUGAGCUACCGAAAUGGAAGGAGGCUUACACCUGGCAAAACGUCAACUGCAUACUACACAAUGUUCUUGUUGGUCAAUUCUGGAUGGAACAAUUGGGUGCAUUAGAAAUUAAACAAUUCGGAGGACUUAAUUUGAAAUCUACACUUACAUUUAAAAGUGCUAGUCGAAAUGGAAAGGACCUACACAGAGUCGAAGGGUUCAUAACAGAUCAAGAUAAAAAGAAAUUAGUCUUCCUUUAUGGCAAAUGGACCGAACAGCUACGUGCUUGCGAACCGAUAUUGUAUGAAGAGACUAUCGAGAAAAUUAAAAGAGACAAUAAGAGUCCUCAGGGCAGCCCAGGACAUAAGAAAGUCUUAGCCAAAUUACAUAGCUUUAAGGUUGGAGCCUUCAAGCCUUCUCACCAGGAUGCAGUUGAUGAGUCAUCGGGAACAGAAGGAGAAGAUAAUCCUACCAUCGAUGAGAUCCCAGGAUCCUCUACUCUUUGGAAAGCUGCUCCAAGACCAGCAAAUAGUGCGGAAUUCUACCAAUUCACAGAAUUUGCAAUGUCCCUCAAUGAGAUAGAACCAGGAAUGGGAAAAGCGCUGUGCCCCACCGAUUCUAGACUUCGACCUGAUAUAAGGAAACUCGAAAUGGGAGAUCAAGACGGUGCAGCUGCUGAAAAAAUAAGGCUGGAAGAAAAGCAGAGAAAAUCUCGAAAGUUCAGAAAGCAGAAUAAUGGCUCUGAAUGGACACCGAGAUGGUUUGCUGCUGGUACAAACCCUCACUCGGACCAAGUGGACUGGCUUUAUCAAGGUGGAUACUGGGAUCGAAAUUAUUCAGACAUCGAAGAUAUAUUUUAGGUCAGUUAAUUUGAAAUUAUUGUGAGCGUAAUGAUUCGUAGUAAACUUGUGUCACUGGAUAUUAGGAUGUGUGAACCUAGAAUCAUACUUUGUGUAUUAUAGAAAUGUAAUAUUGCGCAAAUUGAUAUACACAUAUAUACGUAUACAAUAAUAACAGAGAAAAUUAUAUGGCCAUUGACCAAAAAAAUUGUUGAACUUCGAUUACUUAUAGGAAAAUUGAAGAUCAAUUAAAUUUAUUGACGUCGUUGUGCUACUUGCAAUAGCCAACUCUUGACAUCAGUGUUUGGAGAUCGAAUAUGUUAUUUGGAUCGUGACAUUGGAGAAUAGUGAAGAUAAAUAACAAAAUCAAACAGCCUUAGAACUGUAAACAUAAAUUUCUUGGCCUUCCUACAGAUUCCACAAAAUCGAGUAGCAAGAACGACGCAAGAUACCAAUAUAUAACACAUGUUUGUUAGUUUAAAAUUGUUGGAAAUCUUAUAGAUUGUUAACAAGUAAAAAUCUUCACGAUUGUAAAGCCAAGCCAAUUACCAAGUUGGUCGGACAGUUGAGAGGAUUGAAAAAUGGUAAACGUUGGCAUGCUUAAUUAUCGUGUUGUAAAUUUCCGUCUGUUACAAUAUCACUGUUAAUAUACCGCUGGACAUUAUAAUACAAAUCUCUGUCGUUACCGAGCAAAAUAGCAAGUGUAGACUUGGUGUUGGCUUAUGUCAAUAUGACCUCUGAAGUAUAUCCAAUAUUUUUGAGUAGUUAUCGAUGAUUAUGAUGAAUUACAACCUGCACAUUCUGCACCAAGAAGGAUUUGAUUUGGUCCCACGAAUCGCGGAAUGUAACGGAUAAUUUACAAUGUUUUUUUUCCAUCGGAUGACACUGUAGGGUGACGAACCACUUUUUUCAAAGCGCAAUAAGCAUCUUAUAAAGUUGGAUACAGUUUUCUAAAAGAUGUUAUAGUGUGAAAUCGUGUCGAAUCGUAAUUCUAACAGUACAAGUGCCCAUGUACAAAAGUUCGAAUGCUGAAAAAGCACAAAGUGACCAGUUUUUUCAGUAGUUUGCACGAUGUACGUUUCUUCGUGCUUUUAAAGCUGUAUAAUUAAUCAAGAUGCACAGAAUUUGAGAGUAUAGUUAUGAUAUAGCUUCAUCGGAAACUGCAAACCGUUAGAAUUGUAUAUUUUUCAAAUACUGAAUCGACUGUUAGCAAAUUGUACAUACAAACAACGAGUUCGCGCUGUUUCUUUACUUGUUUCCAGCGAGUAUGUCAUUCUAGAUUCUAACUUUUACUUUAAUUUUUUUCGUUGCAUAAAAUUAUAUGCGGUGGACCUGUGAAUACUUCGAAAUACUCUCAUUGAAUCACAUCUGAUCACGACUCAUAUGGAUUUCUACGAACCCUUUGCUACCAUUUUUAUACAUAAGAAAAACCGAACUUCUAUUCAUAAAUUCUGUUCUUCAAAAUCUUCAACAUAAUGUUUGAUAUGUAAUGUGUACAUAUAACAGCAAAAAAUAGUUUAGAUAAUGAUCAUCUCUUUUCAUCGAGGAUUUAUCUCAAAGAAGAAUCAUAAUUCCUCUUUAGAGGUUGGUGAAUUAUGAAAAUGAUAUGGAUUCUAUAGAUCAGCAGCUAAUUUCCAAAUCAGUUGCAGCUAAUAGACAUUAGAAAAUCAUAAACAAUGAAAAAAGCUUAUCAACUCAAAGCUUCCGAAUAUUCCACGUGCAGUCCUGUUACCAAAAGUUUUAUGGAUCUAAAUUAUUUUUUUAGCACCUCUUUGCGGAUAGUUUAUCGUUGAAAGUAACAUGUAUUAAUGUCGGGACUGAGUUAGCCUCCAUGACGUUUCUUUUAUAAAGCAAAAUACAAAGUAUAUUGCUUUUUUAUAUCCUAUCCAUCUCAGACUUAGUGAGCUGUGUUUCGAGAAAAUAUGCAAUAAUUGCCCAGCGAGUGUUCAAACUCUAGGUCUUAACGUACUUCAUUAUUAGCAGACAAUCUAUUAAGAAAACUAUUAGAAUUAUUUACCCUUCUAAUGACUCUAAUUGUGAAUUAUUCUAGGCAAUUGUGUUAUUUUUCAUAUCCAUUCCACAGUAAAAAGAUUGGAAAAUAUAGGUUUAUGCGGUACAAUAAAGUACACCGUUAAAAUCCAAAAACCGCAUUGUUUUCUGAUAUAAUUAAUUUGUUGUGCCAUGCUGAAUAAUCUUCAGGUGUUUUUGGAAAAUAUAACUCGGCUUUGUAGAAACCUGCCAAAGGUUUUCUAAACGAAUGUUAUGUAAACUUGUAACAAAUACCACGUAAAAGUAUUAAUCAAUUCUCGAUGUAAAAAAAAUGUAGAAUAUGAAGUGUAUAACAAAACAGUUCAUAUAGGAAUUGAAUUGUGUAAAGAAAUAUUACUUACAAUUAUUAUUGUUAGAUGUUAAGUUUAUAGCAGUAUAUGAUUAUAGCAAGGAUUAAGCUGGAUUCCUUCGCAAAGAUUAAUAAAUAUUUAAUGCACACAA